UGUCGGCCGCGUCCGGCUCCGUGGUGAACUCUCCUGUCAGGUGCGUUUCGGGAAACGGAAGAGCUCGUUCGUUACGCGGCCGGAGAAUGGAGGAGGAGCGCGAGGCCCCGGGGCCCGGGCCCCGGGCCCAGCAGCAGGCAGGCUUGUCAAUAUUAUAGUCAAUGUCAGCGCACAGCCACUCGCUCGCUCGCCGGACACCUGCCGGACACUUUGAGAGACACGCAGCUGAGCGCAGGGGGCAAAGGGCACGAGGGAAGUGACCCGAGACACGGACGCAGCGAAGCCCCGCUUCCUUGGUCACGCGCGGCGCUCGAAAGCGUGAAAACACGGCAAAGCACCGCCCGCGACGGCUCGGCCUCGUUUCCCGCGUCGCGUGGGCGGUUUGCGAAGUCCAGGGGUCAGCGGGUCUGGUCGCCCCUACCCCCGACGCUCUUCGCCGAGACGCUCGCGCCCGUUUACGCGGCGGAGUCCUUUCGACUGAAUACCGGGGUACCGCAGCAGGACGAGGGCUUGGAACCCAGAACCGUCCAGCCGCUCCCGAAGUAAACGCGCGAUUCGAACCCGGGCUUCUCGAAGGACGAGGGCGGACGGACGUCCUUGCGCCGUGACGCCCGAAGCCGAGCGGAUGAGCGACGGCAAGUGCUGCGUCAGGUGCUCCCCCCCCCCCAUGGGCCCCCCGCAGGGGAGGCGCCUCUCAAACCGUCCUGAAAUGCUGAGCUCGGCUCCCGCCAAGUACAGGGUGCGGCCCCGCGGCGUCAGCGCUGACGUGCGACACGUGUAGGGUGGGCUCCGCACGGGACCGGCGCCCCAUCGCCAAAGCCAGGGUUCGCCUAUAAAAGGUCCGAGCGGAGGAGCGGAGACACGCCCGAGCGGAGCUCCGCCAUGGACCCCGCGCUCAUCCUCGGCCUGCUGUCUAUGGCGGUGCGGAGCUGCGCCUCCCCUGUGCAGAACUCGCCUGCCGUGGACGGGGGACAAGCCGGAAUCAAGAGGCAAUUUGCAGAGCAGCUGCUGGGUCUCCGUGACGUCACCGCAAUGGAUAAAAUCCUGGAAACCAACAGCUGUAAGAGGAACUUUCUUACACAGCAAAGGCGGGGCGGCCACGCCCGCUUACCUCUCAGAGAGGGAGACAUUGCCCAGCUUCCCGGCACAGGACCCCGCAGCGCCAUCGCAUGCCCAGGGAACAGCUGCCUGUGGCCCAAGGCGGUGGACGGCUUUGUGUAUGUGCCAUACAGGCUGUCGCCCGAGUACGUUGACAUGGACAGAAUCACCAUUGAGUUGGGAAUACUGGACAUCUCCAGCAGAACGUGUGUGAAAUUCGUGCCCCGGACCCACGAAGACGACUUCCUGGACAUCCAGCCCCACUCUGGAUGCUGGUCGUACCUGGGCAGGACGGGUGGGGCCCAGACGCUCUCCCUGCAGUCUCCGGGCUGCAUGUGGUCUGGGGUGGUGUCCCACGAGCUCAUGCACGCGCUGGGCUUUGUGCACGAGCAGUCUCGCUCCGACCGCAACCGCUACGUCACCAUCAAGUGGGAGAACAUUGUGGAAGGCCAAGAGCACAACUUCAAGAAGUACGAGACGAACAACCUGAAGACUCCCUACGACUACGGCUCCAUCAUGCACUACGGAAGGUACGCCUUCUCGGAGGAUGGGGAUCCAACCAUCGUGCCGAAACCAGAUCCGCGCACCCCGAUUGGCCAGCGGGAUGGACCCAGCGCCACAGACCUCCACAAGAUAAACCUCCUAUACAACUGUGGUGAGCAGCGCCUUUCCAGCGUGUCGUCCUUCAGCGGUCACUCGGCACAGUGGUCCACAAUAGCGCUGGACACACAGCCUUUGUCCACACUCAUCUGGUAAUUGAUGAAUGUGACCAGUAAGAGCAGAUUGGCACAAGGAGUUAUUGUAAUAAAACCUACACUGAUGGAGUAAUUCAUGUGAAAGCAGUGAUUGACACCAACGUCAUCAUUCUUCAGCUGUGGAAACCAGCCAAAUUAGUCCAGUGCCCUUCAGUGCUAGCUACUAAGUGACUACAUCACUUCUCGAUCUACACCUCCUCCCUCGGUCCGGUCAUAGCCUCCCAUGGAUUCAAAUACCACGGCUAUGCUAAUGAUACUGAGCUCUUCUCUUUUCCAACUGGUGCUUCAAACAUUUCCGCACACAUUGCUGCCUGCCUGUCAGACAUCUCUGCAUGGAUGUCCGAUCGCCACCUCCGACUCAACCUCUCCGAAACAGAGAUCCUACACCUCCCAGCUGGACUGUCCUCCUGUCACGAUCUCUCGAUCAAAGCGGACAACUCACUCGUUUUCCUACCUCCUCGGCUACAAGUCCGUUCUUCUCUCAGCACAUCGAAGUCACAACCCGGACCUGCAGAUACUUCCUGCAUAACAUCCGCAGGAUCGGUCCUCAUCUCACAACUAACUCUGCCCAACUACUUGUCCAGGCCGUGGUGACGUCCCGUCUGGAUACUGCAACUCUCUCCUG